UGCCUCUGCUCCAAUCACGGGCAGCCUCGCGCUCCCCUGGUAGGCCUACUCACCAACCUACUGUCUCACAUUUUGAUAGAUCACUCCGGAGCUAUAAACGCGCAUCAACACAACUCGAUUUUUCCUUGCUAUCCGAAGAUGAGAGUGUCCAUCGCGGUGCCCUCUGCAUGCUUUACCUCCUAACUCGGGCUCUAGACCCGCAGCUGGGACGGGAGAGAGAUUAACCUCUCUUUUCUCUCAUCAUCACUCGCUUGGUGUUCCAAGGACAAGGGGAGCGAGCCGACAGUCGACGACAAUAAUUGUACAGUAUUUGUGUAUCCUUUCUCAUUUAAACAAACUUCCUCAUCCUGUCUUUCACGCUGGGCACAUAUAGGGAAGGAGAGAAGAACAAGSCUCCGCAUCGCUAUUUCUACCGUGGAAAUACAUUUGGACGGGUUUUGUGCCCUGUCCGUAUUUGGUGAACCCUGGAUUUAGUGAACAUGGAGACGGUGGAGAAGGAGUGCGGGGCGUUAGGUGGACUAUUCCAGGCGAUUGUCAAUGAUAUGAAGUGUUCAUACCCCGUGUGGGAGGACUUCAGUGCCAAGGCCACCAAACUGCACUCCCAGCUCCGGACCACAGUGCUGGCGGCAGUGGCCUUCCUGGAUGCCUUUCAGAAGGUGGCGGACAUGGCCACCAACACCAGAGGCGCCACCAGAGACAUUGGAUCAGCUCUUACCAGGAUGUGCAUGCGGCAUCGCAGCAUCGAGGCCAAACUGCGCCAUUUCACCAAUGCCCUGAUGGAGAGCUUGAUCACUCCUCUCCAGGACAGGAUUGAGGAUUGGAAGAAGACAGCCAACCAGCUGGACAAGGACCAUGCCAAAGAGUACAAGAGAUCUCGUCAUGAGAUCAAGAAGAAGUCCUCAGACACCAUGAAACUGCAGAAGAAGGCCCGGAAAGGCCGAGGGGACCUGCAGCCCCAGCUGGAUAGUGCCAUGCAUGAUGUGAAUGACAUGUACCUGCUGAUGGAGGAGACAGAGAAGCAGGCGGUGCGCMGAGCUCUGGUGGAGGAGAGGGGACGCUUCUGCACCUUCAUCGGCUUCCUGCAGCCUGUWGUGAAUGGAGAGAUUGCCAUGCUGGGAGAGAUCACUCACCUCCAGGCCAUUAUUGAUGACCUCACUGUGCUGACCACGGAUCCUCACAAACUGCCCGCCAGCGAGCAGGUGAUUAAAGACCUGAAGGGUUCAGACUACAGCUGGUCCUAACAGACCCCCUCCCUCCUCCCCCAGCAGUUCUGGCUCCAGGAAGAGCAGAUGUGCAGCCUGGCCCAGCCGCCACCAGGGAACGCUCACCGCCUCAGCAGCGUCUCCUCCCACGACUCAGGCUUCAUAUCACAGGACGCCAACGUCUACUCCAAGCCUCCCUCGCCCAUGCCCUCUGACAUCACCAGCCAGAAGUCAUCAAGCUCUGCAUCCUCAGAGGCAUCCGAGACUUGCCAGUCAGUCAGUGAGUGCAGCUCUCCCACAACGGAUUGGUCCAAGGCAGGUUCUUAUGAGCAGCCAUUGGCUGCCACGCUUCAGCGGAGGAAGGAGCCCCUGGAUAGGCUGAAGGAGAGCGAGGCAUCCCCGGGCUCCCAGGGAUAUGCUGGUGCUCACCCAGACGAUGUCCAGAGGUCCCGAAUGACCCCCGCCACCAUCGCUGCCAAGGUAAMAGAGAAUAUGCAGAUUUACCUCRCAAUGGUGGUGAAUAYAAGACACAUGCUGCURUAACACAACUGUUGGAUUUUAACCCCGGAUUGGAGUUUGGUGCAGCAGAAGAGCAACAGGGACUCCCUGCAGUACUCUAGUGGCUACAGCACCCAGACCACCACGCCCUCCUGCUCCGAGGACACUAUCCCCUCUCAGGGGUCGGAUUAUGACUGCUACUCUGUGAAUGGAGAUGCCGAAGGUGAGGCGUCAACUGACUUUGACAAGUCCUCCACCAUCCCCCGCCACAGCAACAUCGCCCAGAACUACCGCCGAAUGAUCCAGACCAAGAGGCCGGCCAGCACCGCUGGUCUGCCCAGUGGAGCCCAGGGCGGAGUGCUUGGAGGGGGAGGGGGCAUUGGGACCCCUGGGACUGCCACCAUCCGCCGAACCCCAUCCACCAAGCCGGGUGUGAGGCGCACCCUGUCCAACGCGGGCCCCAUCCCCAUCCGCCCCCCCAUAGUGCCAGUGAAGACACCCACGGUGCCUGAUGCUCCUGGGGGGUACCCCGGGCCUCCGGUACGUGUGGGCAGUGAGGAGUGCGUGUUCUACGUGGCGGAUGACUCCUCCCCCAACACGUUGGAGUAUGUGAAGGCCUCUCCCAAACGUCUGAGCCUGCCCAACACAGCGUGGGGGUCUGGGGGAGCGAUGGAGAUGAGUGUGUAUGUCCAGCAGGCUGCCCAGCACGGCUCUGAGGAGGACCAGAUGAUAGCCGCUAACCGCCACAGCCUGGUGGAGAAGAUAGGAGAGCUGGUGGCCAGUGCCCAUGCCCUUGGGGAGGGACAGUUCCCCUUCCCCAACCUCCCUGAUGACCCCCCGCCUGGCCCGGCCCCCCAGCACGACCCACAGGCCCCCGGGUCAGGCACCGACGUGCUGGUGUCCAUCCGCAGGGGYGUGCGGCUCCGCAAGACCGUCUCCAACGACAGGUCAGCGCCCAGGAUUUUGUGAUGGCGCACAACGGAGCGGAGGGAGCGCAGCCUGCACCCACCGAGAUGCCUCAACCACUACAUACAGUACUGACUCUGUAGUAAAGAAGUAAAUAUGACAACAGAAGAUUACAACAACAAAAAAGUUGAAUUAGAAGUAAAUGAUAAAUAACAAUAAAAAUGCUGAUAAUGAAAAAGUAAAUCAUGAAUAAUAAUGACAGGCUCUGGCCACUAUAACUCUAUCGUGUCUGGGCGCAUGUUUGUUUAAUUAGCACCACCAUCACCACAGGAUCCUCAGACUGUAUAUAGAGACUCUGUCUGGACUGGACUGACUGCUGAGAGAGAGAGGGACUGUUUAUAGGAACCUGGACUUCCAGCCACCCUCUCCACCUCCUCCCACAACCCCCCACUCCUCACCCAACCUCUUACCCCCCCAUUCUAGAGUAAAACAGAGGGAAGCAGGUGGCAGAGAGACAGAUGAAAAGUGGGGUCAGUAGGGGGCUCCAUCUCUCCCUUUAGCUCAGGCCACAAGGCUCUGACAAUGCACUGUUAGCUUWAAACCAUGGCUAACCGCGUAGGUGUGUGUGCGUGUAAGAGGUGGGCAGAGUUCUGCUGUAGGUCAGCUGGUUGUAUUUGAGGGUGAGGCUUGUCUCCUCUGUGUCGUUUGUUGUUACCCUCACACUGGGCACACACCGGCUAAAUCAACGUUGUUUCCACAUCAUUUGAAUGAAAUGACGUUGGACUGACGUGGAAUUGACGUCUGUGCCCAGUGGACUGUUUUUAUUGUGACAUUUCAUUUCCUGUUACCACUGUAUGAGAAACUACAAAAUGAAGCCAGGCGUAUAUAUUUUCUAAAUCCAGAGAGAACAUGUUAAUAAGAAAUGGAGCAAUAAAUGUGUUUUAUUUUCUGCUUGCGGAGUGGAGGAGAAACAGAAGCUGUUAUCUUAGGUUUAGGUUCUCUUUUUUUUUUWACUUGCAGGCAAUCAUCAAGCAUGCUCAAGUACAUAUGACAGUGGCUGUCUAACUUUGGCCAUUGGCUUUUCUCAAGUCCUUGCCUGAUGUGUUAAAAAAAAACAGAAAAAUCAUUGAAAACUGAAGCACUUUGAAGGUUAAUUUCUAGUGUGACCACUAGGAGUCAGUGUGGUCAUGCUAUGUGAUGAGACGAGGGUGCUGGGGGACUGAGACAGUUGGUUGUCAUGCGGUGUGCUGAGUGAGUGACACAGACCAGUGAGUGAAGCAGUUCAAUUGGUGAGAGAAUAGGAAGAUCGAAAAAGGAAGUGAUAAAGAAAGGUGGGAAAUGGGAACGGAAGGAUACGCCAUUUGCGGCAUGGUUAUGUACAAUGGGUCCGUGCUGAAAAGGUUGAAUUCCAAAAAACGGAUUUAUAAUUUAGAUCAUAACAUUUAUGUAAAGAGGGGGAUGGUAAGCUGCUGUACUUGUCAUCACCUGUUGUGAGUCUCAAACAUGAGAUCCAUAGCUCAUGUGAACCAUGUGCAGCCUUACUCGGGAGCUGGCUUUGCUAAAGACAUUAGAAUGAAAGUGACUAUAGCCAGGGAGAAACAGUGAGGAUAAUGUAAGGGGUUGCCAGAAGAAGAAGGGGGGAAUUUAUGUUUACAGAGUUAGCUGGAAGAGAGUUGCUGCAGCGGAGAGAGAUGGAAUGAGCAUUUCACUGCCUGUUCAUACUGUAAGCCCGAGUCGAGAGUCAGACGCACAGGAGGAAGUCAAGACUAGAAACUGUAUGAAUAUAUAUAUAGUAACCUUUCAUAAAAUUAUGUUGCUAUAUUUUUGCAAUAAUGUUAUGCUGUAGUCUUACUUUUGUCAAUGAAAAAAAAAAAGAACAAUUUCCAGAGAACAAUGAAUCACAGUGAUAUAGGAUCUGAGCAGGCAGAGAGCAUUAUUCUGACCGCUGUGCUGUAGGGUAGUGAUGAACUUCAUGGAUGUCUGCCCAAUGCUCCCUAGCAGUGACUGUUGAUGUCCUCAUCUUGACUACAAUGACCAUUACAAAAUGUAUCUCAAUGCUUAUUUUGUUUAAAAAAAUGUUUUUAAAAUUUAUUUAGCCUAAAUAAGAGCACUGUUUUAGAAAUGCCUGUGGCUGUUUUAAAGCGAGGAUCUGCUUUGAGAAGAUGAAACACCUGGUAUUGUAGAAUAUUGCUCAUCUGCUGGAGUGCCUGUAGUACUUCCGCAAGGGGCUCUGUAAGAGGGUGUGUGGGUGUGACGCGGCAGGGUGGUGCGGGGCGGCGGAGGAAGGGGAGAGACCAGCAGUCUGGAGGGAGUGGCCCAGGGUGGAUGUGACCUCCCCUGGCACAGUGCAUUCUCGACCAGAGGAUGCUCAUCCAGAGAAUGUCUGCAAAGCACAGGUCAGAACGAUGUAUAUUUAUAUAUACAUAUAUACAUACAUAUACUGUUUAAGAAGUUGAACACUAAUUGUACAGGUCAAAUUGCUAGAAUCUAAAAAAACGUUUUACUCACAUUACUUCACAUUACUGAAGAAAAAAAAGGCAAAUGUCAACUGUGUGACAGCAAUAUGGGAGUGUGUUUAUUAGCCAAUUUAACAAUACAACUUCUUGUCUAACAAAAAGGUAAACAUGUUUACUGUCUUUUUAACUGUGUAGACUUAACUCUGGCAAUUAUUCUGUUCCAAUUUCUUGUCAUGCUUGAAUUACUCUGCUUCAUUCUGAUUGUGUGUGAUGCUCCUUACCGUUCCCGAGACCCCAACUCUGUAAGCGUCACUUCUGUCAGAGCAUUAGAGAAAGACAGGAUGUGGCACAGAGACAGACAGAGCCAGUGAGACUGGGCUGUUUGCUAGUGUGUGUUAGACUGAGAGGACCCCUACAGGGGAACUACAGGGAUGUCAGUCUUGGUUGUCUCUCUGCCUGGGAUGAGGUGACACUCUCCAAGACCCCAUGGUGGAUGACUAGCAGUCACCUCACUCCCUCACACCCCCACAGCUGGGCUGUCUCUGGGUCUAGACUCUCUUUCCUCACUAUCACUCGCUUCUCGCCAUCCUCCCCCUGGGCAUAGAUGUCAGUUUAACGUCUAGUUUCGAUUUACAUUUGGUUGAGUUGUCAUCCAACAAUAAUUCAACAUUAAAUCAACAACAAAAAAUGUAUGUUAAAAGUUGGGUGCGAAAAAGACGGAAUGCCCUUGCGUUGAUUACUUUUUGCACAUCCAAUUAGUUUUCCAAGUUGAUUCAACGUCAUCGCAUAGUUUUUUGGGGGUUGGAAUGACGUGGAAACAACGUUGAUUUAACCAGAUUUUGCCCAGUGGGCUACCUCCACUUAUACUCUCAAUAAAUGAACUUGUUUCUUUUCAACCUCUUAUCCACCCAUCCACCACAACCCCAACUCAUACUAGCAGCUCACUCCAUAGCUUGCCUCAGCCUCAGCAUCAGCUCUUAAGCCAGAGCCAAGCCCAAACUCCCAACAGGACUUUGAGUGAAACACUUUCCCGCUGGGGCUAAUGCAAGGACAGGGAAUAACUGUGUCAUCACAAUAAAAUGCUGGUUUCACAUGAGAAGAACAACACUUCCAUGAGAACGUGAUAUGAUGUCUCAUGCUGGCUGGAUUAUAGCUAAUGAAAUCAUUUAAGUUAAACCUUAACUUCCCUCUAAGUGAGUGUUAAUUUGCGAUAAGUGCCCAUGUGACUUCUCUCUCUCAAAUGGGGUGAGUUGUUUGUCUGUGUAUCCUGCUGCGCUUGCCAUGGGUGGUGUGUCCAUAGUGUUAGCGCUGUCACGAGGGGAAUGGAGCAAAUGGAUUGAUGGGAGUGUUUUAGCAGAAUACACGUUUCUCUCCAUGUUGAGGUUUGCACAGUGCUGUGUAGAGACGUAUUUUUCACUUCCGUGUCUCUGCAAUGCAGCCACGGUCGCAAGUUACACUUAUUUAAAUAGCUUUUUGAAUACUUAUGCAGAUCACUUUCACAAUUUCAAUAAUAGAGAAAAUGUGCUUUCAUUGCCUUGUGAGUUUCACUGUGUGUGAUUUAAUACUCCCCCCGCUAAGCUAUAUAGAAAUAACAAUGGAACUCAUUCAUAAUGUGGGAUACUGGAUAUGUAACAGGAGUCUAUAGGUCUCAUUGGGUCUCCAUGAUGCAUUGCCUAACACAGAUCAACCUGUCCUCCCCCUCUUAAUCCUGGAUAAGAGCUUGGUUAAUCAGCCUUAUUACUGUAAGAACAUUAGAAAGUGGAUGACUGUCAGGAAAUCCUCUGGACUAUAGUCAUUCUGGCCAACAUAGACCAUAACACUGUAUGCCUUUAUAGUCUCGGCUGGUGUUAGUGUCCGACCAGUACACACAGCCGUACUGUGACCUUGCAAAUCACUUUAUGCCGUUGUAAGGUAGCCAGACAGCCCAAGCCCAUCUUCCUUUAACUAGCUUAUGAUUCAUAUGUUCAAGCAUAUGUCAGGGCAAAGAUUGAAUCAAGCUGGGUAGCUGUGGGGUGUAGGUCAUGUAUGGAGGUUAUACUGUACGUGGUCUAGGAGUAGUUUGUUUACAUUGUCUACAGGUGUUGCGUUGGUGUGUCUUCGUGCUCAUGAAGUCUACCCUGACGUAUGUUGAGGAUCUCUGACACUGAUGGAGAAACAUAGACUCUGCCUCGACACAAGGUGGCUACACGCCCACUCGCCCACCCACACACAGCCUGUCCCCGUCUAUUUAAAAAGACCAACAAAGUCACCCCACAACGAUGUCACCAUCCGUUAACUCAAUGCUGUCAGCUCCUGAGAUGUAGUCAGGCAGGGAGGAGGUGACUCGCGUUUCCAGGUGCCAUGGUAACAGAACUGAAUGUCUUAUCACUUGUGGAUUCUCACUCUCUCUUCCUCUUCCCAAAGCCCAAUCCAAUAUUAAAGCUAAACCAAUGCAUCUAUGAACUUGACCCUUGCCACAGUUUUUAUGAAGUCAUUAUUUUCAUUACGGUAUUGUGAAGAGAUAUGUGUGCAUAUGUACAAAACCCCCUCCAAUGGAGUCACGUAACGCUACAUGCUUUCUGUCUUCUAAUUUCUCUCUUUAAUUUAUUGUGCCCUUUUCUCCAAGGCUGUUUUGCCUCUGUUGCUGAUGACAAGUUUUUCUUUUUGUAAUAUUAAUCCUUUUAAUUUUGUUAACUUUAGUCACUGCUAAUGUAACAAAACGCACUGUGAUGAUUCCAGUAUUAAUAAAAUAUGUACUUAAACUGUG